AUAUGUGUGUCGCCUCUGACUGAGAUGUUCUCCUUCUUCCACAGCGGAGACACCGAGGCGUCCAGUGCUGCAGCUCCGCCGCCGAUCAUCCCACUAACUUCAUAUAAUCGUCACAUUUCGACGAUCUCAGAGGGAGACGUUUAAAAAUCUAGUCUGAUGGCAAGGUGGACAAUACUUGUGUUUUUCUUGUAUGGAGUUCUGUAUGGACAUGAGAUUGAACCUCCUACUCUACAGGCUUGCUGUCAGGAUGGGAGGGAUCGAGGCCUGGCAGGACAAGACUGUACAAUCCUCCCCCUCAUCUCCUCCUCCCACAUCUGCAGGAUCGGGCAGGAGCAAUGUUGUGCAGCAGCAGUAGGAGGCCGACUCUGUGACAACGGCAUCGCCAUGGCCAAGGGGCAAGGGGCCUGCGAGAGGCCCUUCUUCCAAGGCGAACCCUGGGAAACCAAAAUCUCUAAGAUGUGUUGUGACUGCUGUGCGCUCGGCCUCAUGACAGCAGGCAAGGAUCCGAGUUGCGAGCUUCAGGGUUUGUUGCUGGGGCAACAGUGUGAGCACACGGCUAAAACCUGCUGUGGCAAAACCCCAACAGAGGAAUCCAAACCAACUUCUCAGGCACCAGUGACAGAAAAGCCUGUGACCACGGCUACCACCAAGCCUCCAGUGGAAUCGGACACCUGUAAAGACUCCAAUUGCUCCCAGUUGUGUGUGGCUAAUAAUACGUGUGCAUGCCGUAGUGGUUAUCAACUGCAGGAGGAUGGAGUGAAUUGUGAGGAUAUUAAUGAGUGUCUGACUGGCAAUCACAACUGCAUCCUUGGACAAAUUUGCAUCAACACAGAGGGUUCCUUUCGCUGUCAGAGGGAAACCAGCUGUGGCACCGGGUAUGAACUCAAAGAUGACAACACUUGCAAAGAUAUAGAUGAGUGUACUUUGGGGACUCAUAAUUGUGGACCAGACUUUCUGUGCACUAACACACCAGGCUCGUUCCGCUGCAACCCAAAGGAGAGCUGCUCCGAUGGUUUCAUCCAGGACGCUGUCGGCAGCUGUAUCGAUGUGAACGAAUGUGUGGCCCAUACUAGUCCAUGCCAGCCAGGGGAGACUUGUAUCAACACAGCCGGCUCCUACACUUGUCGCAAAAGCUCAGUCACCUGUGGACGAGGCUAUCACCUGACAGAGGAUGGCACGCGCUGUGAAGAUGUGGAUGAGUGUCGUACAGGCAAUGUGUGUGGCAGCCAUGGCUGCGUCAACCUGGUGGGCUCGUACCGAUGUGAAUGCAGUGUUGGCUUCAUCUUCAACAGUAUCACUAAACUGUGCGAAGAUAUCAAUGAGUGCAGGCAUUAUCCCGGACGACUCUGCGCCCACAAGUGUGACAACACAGAGGGGUCCUACCAGUGCAGCUGCACCACUGGCUUCAAACUGUCCUAUGACGCCAGAAACUGUGAAGAUAUCAAUGAGUGUGAAGCCAACCCUUGCAGCCAGGAGUGUGCAAAUGUCUACGGCUCCUACCAGUGCUACUGUCGCCGUGGUUACCAGCUGAGCGACAUUGAUGGCAUAACAUGUGAAGAUAUCGAUGAGUGUGCGCUGCCUACCGGAGGUCAUGUGUGUUCUUACCGCUGCUCCAACGCCCCAGGAAGUUUUUUCUGUACUUGUCCACCGACCGGCUACACACUCGCACACAAUGGACGCACGUGCCAAGACAUUGAUGAAUGUGCAGUAGGGACCCAUACCUGUUCAGUCUCUGAGACCUGCUUCAACGUCCAGGGAGGAUUUCGCUGUCUGUCCUUCACCUGUCCUCCAAACUUCCGGGAAGCAGCAAGGGGAUCCAGAACAGAAGGUUCAGUCAAUGUACGUUGUCUUAAAGCCUGCCAACCGAAUGACAUCGGCUGCAAACUCGACCCCAUCGAACUUAUCACCCACACGUCUCUCUCUCUGCCAGCCUUCAGAGACUUCAGUCAACCAGAGGAAAUAGUUUACCUGCGGACAGUUACGCCGGCUAACCCCAAUCCGCUACCCGGUGCCACUGAUGUUUUCUUUGACAUCCUGGCUGCAGAUGACCAGUUCUCUUUUGACAUCCAGAAGAGCUCCCACCAGGGCAUGAUUAUGGGUGUGGUUCGGCAGGUGAAACCUAUCAUUGGCCCCAGGGACAUUGUGCUGGAGGUGGCUAUGAACUAUAUCAAAUCAGGGGUCGUUUCCCAUUCCAACAUUGUCGUCAUCCAUGUCUUCAUCUCUCAGUUCUGGUUCUGAGAUCAGCUGAGAAACGAAUAAUUCAUUAGCAAUACAACACAUAACUUGGCAAAUUUCAUUCUGAAUAUCUGGAGGUGUCACAACAUGUAAAAAAGACCUCAAGUGUUAAUGCAGUUGCAUGCAAGAUAUGAUAAAUCAUUGGAUUUGGUUCAUUUGACAGAAGCAGUUUGCAACCCAUCCAGGUCAUUAGUUUACAAUAGUUCUUUGCAAUUUCAACACAAUACAUACCUGGACCAACAGUCUACAGCCAUGCUAUUAGCUCUGUUACCCCUUUUCCACCAACAUGGAACAGAUUACGUUCUGGUUUGUGCACAUAAUUUUGAACCAUUCUGAGCAUUUCGACCAAAAAUAAAUUGGUUCAGUAUCCCGAAAAGUUGGUUUCCAGCUGGACCCAAAAAAAAUCAUGUUUUCCUUGAUCUGGAGUGUGCAUGUCAUAUUAUACAGGUUGGGAAAACAGGAUGGAGGCUUGCAUGCAUUAGUCUUUUAUGUCUUCUUAUCAUUAAUAGUUGGUCCAAACAAAUAUCGGAAAUUGGAUCGCAGGUAAUCAAUGCAAUCACCAAACAUGCUACUACUAUUAACUUCCAUUAUGCAUGGUGCAAUGCCCUGUUAUGAUGACACAUCCUUGAUUACAGUUUCUGCUCAAAACGAGUGGAAACUUUGGCUAAUUUCAGCAUGCUGGCAUGUCUUACAGGUAUCCUGCCAUGUUGACCCUUUCAGUUAAGUCUGUCUGUUAUAUUUGCCACUUAGCACUAAACACAAGUACAGCUGUGGCGGAUGGGAAAUGUAUUCAUGUUUGGUCAUAAACCAAAGUCUUGGACAAAAACAAUUACAUUUGGCCUCAAGGUGGCAUUAGAUAUAAAGGAGUUGUUUGGAAACAUCAUGUGUGAUCUAGUUUAUUUGAUCAAUCUAUUUUUUUAUCAGAUAGUUGCUGAGACAAUUCAACAAACAAACCGACUAACACUGUAAAAAUGCAUGCGUUGAAAACAUGGUUAAAAAGUUAUUCUUCAUGCAGUAAAAUAGACUAAUUUCUAACGAAACCUCUAUUCUACAUGUGUAAAAAGUGACAUGCUUUUUAAAAGAGUGGAAUAAAAUAAUGUAAUAGAGGGCCCUCACGUCUCCUUCACCACUGUCUAUCAUGUUUAACUUGAAUUCUGACUUUGUCUGACUCCAUUUCGUCUGUUUUGAAACACCAGAUGUGAUAUGCUUCAUUUGAUAAUAAAAACUUUCAUUCCUGGACUUGCUUUCAACAAUGUGUUUUGUACCAUCAGACCAUGCAACCAUCUGUGAAUAAUAAAGACUCCGUGCGGUUAA